AUGGAUCCCAUAGAGAGUGCGUCGGGUUCCGACGCGCCAGAGUCGGAGGUUGCGGGACCCAGCUCGUCCCGCUUGCUGGCUGUGCAAAACCGCACGCCAACCCUCCGCCGGCCCAGCAUUCGAAUACGCAACUCUGGGCCAUCGUUGAUCGGAGAGCCUAUAGUGCGAACUACAAGUCAUAAUCCAGAGCCUGCCAAGUGCUCUGACGACGAUGUGAUCGCCUCGAGGCGGAGGAGCAGUUCGGAGCCCCAACGUCCUCAAAACCUGGGAGUGCUCGGAGCUGGCCACGAUGGCACUACCGAGUAUACACCCAUGGCAACGGUGGCAGAAGAAGCGCCAACUAGGCAGGCAACAAUUGGAACUGGACGCGGAAGAUGGAGGUCUGCUACCACUCCAACGAAGUCGUCACUACGCCUUGCGAAAGCUGGCCAGGACGUGGGAGAGAACAUAAACGAUGGAAAAGAAUACGAUUCGAGGGUCGUCAAUUUGCUUGAUGUUGUUGAUCCCGAAGUAUCGACUCUUACUACACUUACAAACGUCCAGAAUUCGCUGUUUGUACCUGACCUAGGACGCUUUGUAAACCGUCAGCCUACCUACAAUCUUACACGGCCUCGAAGCGACUCUACGCAAUCUGUGGUAUCUUCGAUAUCGGAAGAGGAGGAGGAAACUCCAACUUCAGGCGUGGAGCGACCAAGUGUUGAACGGAUGGAGACAAUAACGUCAAACCUCAGUGUGUCACGGUUUGCCGUCUUGCCAGAAGGCACCACUCUUGACGGCUGGGACCCGUCGGAUAAGUGGGAAAUUAAUGACCAUGUCAGACAUAUGCUACACUCUCGGAGGUCCAAAUUCAAACGUGGAAUGAAGGGGUUUUGGCAGUAUGUCCAGAAGCCACUUGGAUUUCUUGUUACUCUAUACGCAACAUUAAUUACACUUUUUGGUCUCGCAUGGGUGUUGUUUUUAAUUGGCUGGAUCUAUGUUGGUGACCGCCAGCUAUACGUUAUCAAUGUAAUUGACAACGUACUUGUUGCACUUUUCGCCGUCGUUGGCGAUGGGCUAGCACCAUUCAGGGCUAUAGAUACAUACCACAUGAUUUAUAUCGCCUACUAUCACCGUCUAACCUGGCGACUUCGCCGGAAACAAGAUCUCCCAAAGCUCAAAAACCCAAACGACCUUCCAGAAGCUCCUGUGGAAGAUGUCAUCCGAUCAGAAGCAAAAGACAAGGAGGUCGAUAUCGAAAAGGCAGCUAAGGAUGUCUUGACUAGCGGCGAAGGGGCUGAAUAUUCGGUCCUGACCCCCGAGCAGCAAAAGAAACUAACACAUCAUUCGAAUAAAUUCGCCAAAUCUCAUACCUUUUACAAACCUCACGAGACAACAACCCAUCACGCCUUUCCUAUCCGUCUCCUCAUUGCUGUCGUUAUAUUACUAGACUGCCACUCUCUCUUCCAAAUUGCUCUGGGUGCAUGUACGUGGGGAAUUGACUAUCGUGUGCGCCCCGCCGCUCUAACGACGACUAUACUAUGCUUAUCUAUCUCCUGCAACGUUGCUUCUGGAAUCGUUAUUAUGGCCGGUGACCGGAUGACAAGGAAGAAGGAUGUGAUUGAGAAAAUGUUGAGGCAGCAGCUUACCCGAGAGGCCAUUAAGAAAGUCGAGAAGAGAAAGAAGAAAGAGAAGAAGAAACUGGAGGACGAAGCUGUGAACUGCAUAAAUGAAGAAGAUGAAAAGGAUAAUAAUACAGCAAUUUCGGCCGAAGUCGGGAAGGAUAAACCGCUGGUGGGAUGA